UACCCUCCAUGCAGGAGGAGUGGGGUUUUGGGGGGUCAGGGGUCCCUUAGUUCCUCCGCUUGGAGAAGAAGGAAUGUGGCUUGGCUGGCUGGUUGGGGUCAGGGCGGAGCUUUGGGGCAGGGCGGGGCAGGUGCAGGCUGAGGCAAGGGCUCGGCUGGUACUGCGCUCCCUGCUGCUGCACUGCAAGGCCCUGCUGCCCACCUUCAGACCGUCCAGCCAUGUUCUGGGUGCCUUGACCCCACAGAAGCCCAUGGGGAGCCCCAGACUAGCAGCCCUGCUCCUGCCUCUCAUUGGCCUCUCUGCCUCCGCUGGGAUUGGCUGCUCCUACCUUCCCUGCUGGAGCACCCGCUGUCUGCUGGCCUCCCGCAUGGAUGACAGUUUCACUGGACAGUCUGCGCAAACUCCUCGCUGUAACUGGCCGGCCCGGCCCCUCUCCCCAAAGCCUUGGUGUGCUUGGCUCUGCCACCGCCCCAGCUGUUGCUGCCUACGUCUCCUGUCAGGUCUCUCAGGUCUUCAGUGGGGCAGGUUCCACCUUGUGGUGCAGAAAUCCAAAAAGUCUUACAAGUUCCGGUUCCGGUCCUGUCGGACACACAUGAUGCAGGCGUCCACUCAGAGGAAGCUGCUGAGUUGCCGUUGCCUGUUUGAGAAGGGCCAUCACAUCUCUGUCCCCUCCCCAGACACCUCCCACAAAGGGCUGCGCUCCAAAAGGAUGCAGCCUUCAGAUCCAGAGGCAGUGGAAGGUCUCUCCAAACCCGACGCACGAAGGCUGGGAGGGCCUGAGUUCUCCUUUGACUUGCUGCCUGAGGCACGGGCUAUUCAAGUGACCGUUCCUCCAGGCCCUGAGGUCAGCGUGCGUCUUUGCCACCAGUGGGCACUGGAGUGUGAGGAGCUGAGCCAUCACGUCAGUGCCCAGAAAAUUGUGUCCGGGGGCCACACGGUAGAGCUGUCUUAUGAAUUCCUCCUGCCCUGUCUGUGCAUAGAGGUGUCCUACCUGCAAGAGGAUGGUGUGAGGCGCAAAAAGUGUCCCUUCCAGAGCUGGCCUGAAGCCUAUGGCUCGGACUUCUGGGAGUCAGUGACAUUUACUGACUACAGCCAGCACAGUCAGAUGGUCAUAAAACCGACACUCCACUGCCCAGUGAAGCUGGAGGCCUCCCUCUGCCAGAGGCAAGGCUGGAACACCAUCUGUGAAGACAUCCCCAAUGCCACAGCUCAAGAGUCAGAGGGGCAGUACGUCUUGGAGAAGGUGGACUUGCACCCCCAGCUCUGCUUCAAGUUCUCUUUCAGAAACAGUAGCCACGUUGAAUGCCCCCGCCGGACUGCCCCCUCCUGGAACGUGAGCAUGGAUACGCAGGCCCAGCAGCUGAUCCUUCACUUCUCCUCACGGAUGCGUGCCACCUUCAGUGCUGCCUGGAGCCACCCAGGCUUGGGGCAGGACAGCUGGGUGCCCCCUGUGUACAGCAUCAGCCAGACUCAGGGCUCAAGCCCAGUGACACUAGACCUCAUCAUUCCCUUCCUGAGGCCGGGGGGCUGUGUCCUGGUGUGGAGGUCAGAUGUCCAGUUUGCCUGGAAGCACCUCUUGUGUCCAGACGUCUCUCAUAGACGCCUGGGGCUUUUGAUCCUGGCACUGCUGGCCUUCACCACCCUCUUGGGCGUUGUUAUGGUCCUCACCCGCCGGCGCCCACUGUCAGGCUUGGGCCCAGCGCCGGUACUGCUCCUGCACGCGGCGGACUCCGAGGCGCAGCGGCUCCUGGUGGGAGCGCUGGCUGAACUGCUGCGGGUCGCGCUGGGCGGCGGGCGCGACGUGAUCGUGGACCUGUGGGAGGGGACGCGCGUGGCGCGCGUGGGCCCGCUGCCGUGGCUCUGGGCGGCGCGGGCGCGCGUGGCGCGGGAGCGGGGCACCGUGGUCCUGCUGUGGAGCAGCGCGGGCCCCAGCCCCGCCGGCGGCCGGGAUCCCCGCGCCGCGCCCCUGCGCGCCCUGCUCCGCGCCGCCCCGCGCCCGCUGCUGCUGCUCGCUUACUUCAGUCGCCUCUGCGCCAAGGGCGACAUUCCCCCGCCGCUACGCGCCCUGCCACGCUACCGCCUGCUGCACGACCUGCCACGCCUGCUGCGGGCGCUGGACGCGUGCCCUUCCACCAAAGUCACUGGUUGGGGCGGUCUUGGGGCCCGAUCAUGCCUGAGGGGUCGCCUAGAGCUCUGUCGCCAACUGGAACGCGAGGCCGCCAAACUUGCAGACCAAGGCUAAGCAGAGCUCCAGCGCAGUCCGGAUGUCUGUGGCCGCACUGGCGGGAACCCCACCGAGUGAGGCUUGUACACUGGAAUCC